AAGCCCCAUUUCAAGCAUACAAGAAAGAUAGCAAUUGCUUGUGCUGAAGAGACAGACAGAGCGGACAGCACAAAAGCGCAUCAUCGAGCAGCCAUGGUGAAGAACAGCAGCAGCAAAGUUCUACAAGCUGCAGAUGGCCACAUUGGAGUUGCAAACAAUCCUCAUGGCACCAACUUCCCACCGAAGCUCGGCAGCAAUGGCAAGAGGCAGUACAGGGGUGUGAGGAUGAGGAGCUGGGGCUCUUGGGUCUCAGAGAUCAGAGCACCGAACCAGAAGACCCGGAUAUGGCUAGGCUCCUACUCCACACCGGAGGCUGCGGCCCGGGCCUACGAUGCGGCACUCCUCUGCCUCAAGGGUAACUCCGCAAGAUUGAACUUUCCUACUUCUCCAUGCAUUCAGCUUCCGGACACCACCAUGUCCCCCAGGUCCAUCCAGAGAAUGGCUGCUGCUGCUGCCGCCGCCGCUGCCAAUGCCGCAUUACCAUUUCCGAGCCCUGAUGCAACGCCGCCUUCUUCGCCUCUUGAUUCGUUUCUGCCACCGUCAUCAGAUACCUCUGAUGAUGAAACGUCGAGGACGACAAGCCACGAGGAAGAAGGAAUGCUGAGUGGGCAUUUUCUGAUGGACCCGUCGAUUAAUUUCGAGGCCUUUUUCCAGUCACCAAAGUGCAUGGAUUAUAUGCUCAAUGCAUCUGCCUUCUUUGCUCCGUCGCAAUCUGAGGAGUGGGAAGAGGAAGGUGACAUCACGCUGUGGAGCUUCUGCUGAUUACUUGCGUUCCGUUCGGUGAUCUCCAAUGGCAUGCCAUCUUUUAAGGCUGUUCCAUUAGCUUCUAAUUAUAUAUAUGUUUUUUUCCCAAAGGGAAGGAAUUCUGCUUUCGAUGUAUACAAUCUGUGAACUCUAUUCAAGUUAUAAUGGACUGAAAAUUUUGUGCCAUUAAAAUGGAAGCACA